AUGGGCAACAUCUGCGGAAAGACCGAGUCAGACAAUUUCUCCUCACCGGGCCGCACGGUCGACUCUGUCCCACCUGAUCCAUCUGUCCCGAAGACCGCCCCCGUGCCGCGAAAGGUCGGAGGCCCGCCACGCACUCUCGGAGGCGGUUCUGACAGCCUGCCGAAGCCCACGGCUGGGACUGGGGACACCGAGGCCCGCAGGAAGGCUGCCGAGGCUGCAGAGGCACGCGCAAAAGCAGCAAACAAGCCAGGUGGUAAACUGCAGUCACAGCUGAACGCGCAGAAAAAGCAAACCAGAACAGACACGCUACAGGAGAGCAGCCACCAGGAGUUACGUUCACGCGAAGCAGAUGAGGCCGCGAAAAUGCGAAAUUGGGACUGA